AUGGCUUCCGCAGCUCCUUCUUUCGACCAUGUUCUCGAUUCGAGGCAACGGAGCCGACUUGUACGCGAUAUUUUGCCGAAAAACGAUAGGUUUUCUUAUGUGCCUGGAUUGAGGUUUGCGAAAUGUCACGUGGAAACGGCACUCGCUCAACGCGGAUACAUACCACGAGCAAAUCCUGAGCAUCUUAGGCCAAUUUUCGAGAAGUACGCUAGCACGAAUCGGAAUGGAAAGAAAUUCAUGACAUCAGAGGAUUUUAUUCGAAGGUUUCUUGGCUUGUACACAGAGGAAAAUUUCAAUGAGGAAACGGUUCGACUACUUGCCUCAGCCGCUGACACAACGAAAGAUGGGGACAUAUCGUUUGAGGAAUUUUGCGCCUUUGAAGCCAUCCUUUGCAGUCCUGAUGCUUUGUACUUGACUGCUUUUGAGUUAUUCGACAAAAACUCAUCGGAUUCGAUUACUUGUGAUGAGUUUAAAGCCAUUAUCAGUCACACGAUGCCUCUCCACGAUAUGGACUUUGAUUUUGAUUCGGAUUUUAUCAAGAAGUAUUUUGGCAAAGAUAAGACAAGAUCGAUUGGUUACUAUGCUUUUUGUCAGUUGCUACACGAUUUCUAUGAAGAGCAAGGAAUUCAAGCCUUCAAGAAAUUUGACAAAGUCGGUGAUGGAACAAUUUCAUCAAUCGAUUUUCAACAAAUCAUGACCACUGUGAAAGGCCAUUUACUAACGGAUUUCGUUCGGAACAACCUCAUCGCCGUUUCCGGUGGUGGAGCUGUUGGACAUAAGGUCUCUUUCCCGUACUAUGCUGCAUUCAAUAGUUUGCUGGCGAAAAUGGAGCUGAUCAAAAGAGUGUAUUUGUCGUAUUGCCGGGGUAACAUCGAGCUUGAAAUGACAAAAGAGGAGUUCCUACUUGCCACUCAAAGUUACGCCCAAAUCACACCCUAUGAGGUUGAAAUUCUCUUCCACCUCUCCGAAUUGGCACAUCCCGGCAUCAAGUCCUUGUCACUGCUGGAUAUUGAGCGAAUUGAUCCCGAGCGAUUAAAGCGUCAUUCUCAAGUGGAACGACUCGUCAACAUCAAGGCUGUCGAAAGCAAGGAUCAACGUGGUGUGGGCACAGCGGUGCUCGAAUCGGCCUAUCGUUUCCUGAUGGGUUCAAUUGCUGGUGCUUGUGGAGCGACGGCUGUUUAUCCGAUUGAUUUGGUGAAGACAAGAAUGCAAAAUCAAAGAACGGGUUCCUUCAUUGGAGAGGUCAUGUACAAAAAUAGCUUCGAUUGCUUCAAGAAAGUGGUGAAAUUUGAAGGUCUUCUCGGACUUUAUCGUGGACUUGUGCCUCAAAUUGUUGGAGUAGCACCAGAGAAAGCUAUAAAGCUGACUAUGAACGAUUUUAUGCGCGACAAAUUCACCGACAAGGGUCAUAUCCCACUGCACGGAGAGAUUCUUGCCGGAGCCUGUGGAGGUGCUUCACAGGUUGUCUUCACGAAUCCGCUCGAGAUUGUAAAAAUUCGACUCCAAGUUGCCGGUGAAAUCCAAAAUCCUGCCCAAAGGAUUGGGGUCUUUACCGUGCUUCGUGAGCUGGGCUUCAUGGGACUUUACAAGGGCGCUCGCGCAUGCUUUUUGAGAGAUAUUCCCUUCUCGGCAAUUUAUUUCCCUGCUUACGCGCAUGCAAAGUUGGCCACUGCUGACUCUGAUGGCAUCAACAGCCCCGCAUCCUUGUUUUGUUCUGCAUUUAUCGCUGGUGUGCCGGCUGCUGGUUUGGUGACACCAGCCGAUGUGAUCAAGACUCGACUUCAAGUAGCUGCCAGAGCCGGACAAACUACGUAUAAUGGAGUUAUUGAUUGUGCCCGUAAAAUCAUGAAGGAAGAGGGACCACGCGCCUUUUGGAAAGGAACAGCUGCUAGGGUUUGCCGUUCAUCCCCUCAAUUCGCUGUCACCCUGUUGGCCUACGAGGUUUUGCAACGGUUAUUCUACGUCGACUUUGGUGGACAUCGCCCAACUGGAUCUGAGAGUGCCACGCAGAAAACAUUAACCGAUGAGCUUUCCCUGAACCCGGAUCACAUUGGAGGAUAUAAACUUGCUGCGGCAACAUUCUCGGGAAUCGAGCACAAAUUCGGUCUCUUCUUGCCCCGAUUCGAGACGGUGACAAAG